AUGGUUACACAGCGCCCUAGCAACGGGCGCCAUGGUUACAAAGCGCAAAGUCUGCACGGCAACCCUCUCUCCCUGUCCUCCCUCCACGUGGGGGAGCUCGAUGGCCCGACCCAGGCCGGGCGAGGUGGCCGGGGGAUUUCAGGGGGACCCGGCGGCCACGUUGUCACCGUCCCCCCCUGUCCCCUGCAGACCGUGUACCAGAACUACCAGCGCAUCCGGAUCCAGGAGAGCCCGGGCAAGGUGGCAGCCGGCCGCCUGCCCCGCUCCAAGGACGCCAUCCUGCUGGCCGACCUCGUGGACAGCUGCAAGCCCGGCGACGAGAUCGAGCUGACCGGCAUCUACCACAACAACUACGACGGCUCGCUCAACACGGCCCACGGCUUCCCCGUCUUCGCCACCGUCAUCCUGGCCAACCACGUGGCCAAGAGGGACAACAAGGUGGCCGUCACGGAGCUGACGGACGAGGACGUCAAGAUGAUCACCGGCCUCUCCAAGGACCCGCAGAUCGCGGAGAAGAUCUUUGCGAGCAUCGCCCCUUCCAUCUACGGCCACGAGGACAUCAAGCGGGGCCUGGCUCUCGCCCUCUUCGGCGGGGAGCCCAAAAACCCAGGCGGCAAACACAAGGUCCGGGGCGACAUCAACGUCCUGCUGUGCGGGGACCCGGGCACGGCCAAGUCCCAGUUCCUCAAGUACGUGGAGAAGGUGGCGGGCCGCGCCGUCUUCACCACCGGCCAGGGCGCCUCGGCCGUGGGGCUCACCGCCUACGUGCAGCGCCACCCCGUCAGCCGCGAGUGGACCCUGGAGGCCGGGGCCCUGGUGCUGGCCGACCGCGGCGUGUGUCUCAUCGACGAGUUCGACAAGAUGAACGACCAGGACAGGACGAGCAUCCACGAGGCCAUGGAGCAGCAGAGCAUCUCCAUCUCCAAGGCCGGCAUCGUGACGUCCCUGCAGGCCCGCUGCACCGUCAUCGCGGCCGCCAACCCCAUAGGCGGCCGCUACGACCCGUCGCUGACGUUCGCGGAGAACGUGGACCUGACGGAGCCCAUCAUCUCGCGCUUCGACGUGCUGUGCGUGGUGCGCGACACGGUGGACCCCGUGCAGGACGAGAUGCUGGCGCGCUUCGUGGUGGGCAGCCACGUGCGACACCACCCCGGCAACAAGGGCGAGGAGGGCCCGGCCGGUGUCGCCCCCGCGGAGGCCGCCCUGCCCGGCGCGCGGGGAGUCCGGCCUCUACCCCAGGAGGCCCUGAGGAAGUACCUCCUCUACGCUAAGGAGAAGGUCCACCCCAGGCUCAACCACAUGGACCAGGACAAGGUGGCCAAGAUGUACAGCGACCUCAGGAAGGAGUCCAUGGCCACGGGCAGCAUCCCGAUCACCGUGCGCCACAUCGAGUCUAUGAUCCGCCUGGCGGAGGCCCACGCCCGCCUCCACCUGCGCGACUACGUCGUGGAGGACGACGUGAACCUCGCCAUCCGCGUCAUGCUCGAGAGCUUCGUGGACACGCAGAAGUUCAGCGUGAUGCGCGGCAUGCGCAAGACUUUCUCCCGCUACCUGUCCUUCCGGCGGGACAACAACGAGCUCCUGCUGUUCGUCCUGAAGCAGCUGGUGGCCGAGCAGGUGGCAUACCAGCGCAACCGCUUCGGCGCCCAGCAGGACACCAUCGAGGUCCCCGAGAAGGACUUGGUGGAAAAGGCGCGGCAGAUCAACAUCCACAACCUCUCCGCCUUCUACGACAGCGAGCUGUUCCGCUUGCACAAGUUCAGCCUCGACCUCAAACGCAAGAUGAUCCUGCAGCAGUUCUGAGGCCCGGAGGCCGCCGCGCCCGCGAGCCUCGCUCGGCGGAGUCCGGCCUCCGCUUUCCUCCCUCCGCGCCAGGCGCCUCCGGACUCGGCCCCGCGGCCCCCCCGGGGGGUAACGGGGUCGGUGUCUCUGUCACGGACCCGGUGGUCGCUCUUGCUCAGGCCGGCCUCCACCUCCUGACCUCGAGCUCGGUCCUCCAGCCUCGGCCUCCCUCCCGAGUAGCUGGGCCUCUGGUUUUCGCCUCUCUCCUCUCCUCUAAGCGGGCAGAUCCGCUGAGCCUUGCGUCAGCGGGUUGCGAGUGGCUCGUCUUUUCGCUCUGUCCCCCGGGGUGCC